AUGAACGGUGUAGGUACACGGUCUCAAGCAUUUACGUUUCGUCUACAUCUUGAUAUAACGUAUUAUGUCUUAUCAUCGUCCAUCGACGGCCUAGACUAGAAACUGAUAACGCCGUUGACGACGUUACUGCUUCGGGCUGCUGACAGCACAUGUUUGUUUGAUGACACCAAUUCAACAGCUAUAAUAGACUUUGAAUCUCAUCUUGUUUCUUUCCGUCUUCCUGAAGUCGAUGCUGUCACGGCUAACUGUGAGCUACAAAUUUGGAGACAAAAACUCAAAAGGCUAGUAACAAGCAACGAUGAACUACUACCCUAUCAUAUCCCAAAUAUAUUUAUGUUACUAAAAAUUGUGUACAGUCUACCUGCUUCUACUCCAACGCCAGAAAAAUCUUUUUCUGGCUUAAAUCUACCUCGCAAACAGUAUGAAAGAGGUACGUAUACACAAUUAAUUCUGAUUUCAUUUUAUUUAUUGAAUUUUUUGUCAAACAGGAUCGUCUCCAUGGAUUGGCACUAUUAAGUUAUUACCGAAAAAUCGUCAUCACGCCCGAUGA